AACAGCUAAACACACACACAUUUGAUCUUCUUGAAAAUAUUUCUCUUUGAAAACGCCAAGGCUAUGAAGAGAACUGUUGUUGAUAAUGAGAUUGUGAUAGUUGGAGGUGGUAUAUGUGGUCUUGCUACAGCCCUAGCUCUUCAUAGGAAGAGAAUAAAAAGUUUGGUGUUAGAAAAAUCAGAGGAGUUGAGAGCAACCGGGGCAGCUAUAAUCGUGCAAGCUAAUGGAUGGCAUGCACUUGAUCAGCUUGGUGUUGGCUCAAUACUUAGACAAACUGCCAUUCAAAUACAUGGGGGGAAAUUCAUAUCACUUAGUGAGGAUGAGUCAAAAGAAGCACCAUUUGGGAUUAAUGGAGAAUUUCGGUGCUUAAAGCGCACUGAUUUGAUCAAAGCCAUCGCCAAUUGUUUGCCACAUGAAACUAUACGUACCGGUUGUCAAGUACUUUCCAUAGAAUUAGAUCCAGUAACAAAAUAUCCACAGCUUUUGCUUAGCAAUGGAAGUAUCCUUCAAGCCAAGGUUGUUAUUGGAUGUGAUGGUGUGAAUUCUAUGGUUUCAAAUAUGGUUUCGCUACACCCGACAAAGCUCUUGCGUUUCUCUACAUGUGUUGCUCGAGGCUUCACAAAGUAUCAAAAUGAUCAUCAAUUUCCUAGUGAGUUUGUUAUGAUAAGCCGAGGUCAAGUUCAACUUGGAAGGAUCCCGAUUACUGACAAACUUGUUUACUGGUUUGUAACAAGGCUCAGCACUUCUCAAGAUUCAAUAAUUUCGAAAGAUCCGGUUCUUAUUAGACGAUCGUUAUUGGAAUCGAUUGAGGAUUUUCCGGUACACGCAAUGGACAUGAUACACAAUUGCAAGUUGAGCUCUUUGCAUCUCACUGACUUGAAGUAUCGUCCACCUUGGGAUUUACUUCUUAACAGAUUCAAUAAGGGAACAACAGUGGUUGCUGGUGACGCGAUGCAUGCCACUGGUCCGUUCAUGGCACAGGGUGGCUCGACUUCCAUUGAAGAUGCUAUUGUUCUUGCUAGAUGUCUAGCAGAGAAGAUGGAUAAUACAACAGAUGCAAUAGCUGAGAGAAAUGAUAUAGAGGAAGCAUUUGAUAAAUAUGCAAAAGAAAGGAGGAUGAGAAUAUUUUGGCUCUCUUUGAAUACUUUUCUUGUUGGAAAAAGACUUGAUACAAAAUCAUGUAUAGUUAGAUCUAUAGUUUUUGCAAUGGUGUUUGUUCUCUUUAGAGAUCCAGAUGGGCAUUCACGCUAUAAUUGUGGAACUCUAUAAUAUUUAAAAUUACGAGCAUGUCCUAUAAGAGAGCAUUUGCCAUCUACUAUCAUGAUUUCAAAGAGGAUGUAGAUCUAAGUUCUAAAUUUUAUGAAUAAAUUGCAGUGAUAUAUCUUAUAGAAGCAUAGAUUCACUUUUUCAACAAACACAUUGUAGUAGAUGGAUGCAUUGUUACAUUGCGAUUCAUAACAGAUGAACCAAACCCUAACAGUGCAACUACUACAAAACAGAAUUACAUAAUAUCAAAAUCUAAGCCCUCUCGCCUCUGAUUCUUCGAGCGAGUUGAAUAUCCUUAGGCAUGAUAGUGACUCUCUUUGCAUGAAUGGCACAGAGGUUGGUAUCUUCAA